AUGCUAGGCCUACCAAGCCACGCGGAAAAUGGGGCAGCCAUUCUUGUCUCAAGGACUAGCACCACUUGUAGGAGUUUUCUGAGGUAAAAUUUCCCCUUGACCACAGGUAUUUAUAUAAUAUCCUGACCUCAAAGCUUUCAAUGCUAAGCAUGACGUCCUUAUUUCCUUCCAGGUUUAGGCCCUUGGUACAGAAGACAUACUUCUGGUGGGACCACCGGUUGUUAGUAAACAUCAGCCGUGCAGAAUUGAAAUUCCGUGCGCAGCUUCCUCGAGGUGAACAUUUUUACCUGUGA